AUGACUUGGAAACAAUUAAUAAAUAAUGCACUAAAGCGUACACACGGUAUCUUUGGUGAGGGAAUUGAGUACUUCUUUCUCAACCAAGACGAUAAGAUUGCAUACUUAAAAGUAAGUCAUUUGGAUAAGGAUACAUUUUCCUCGGCCGUCAGUACUUACAUCUCCAGUGAUUCACUUGUUGGUGUUCCAAUGACGGUAACGAUCCUUCAAGAGGUAUCUAGCUUAACAGAACUUCAAAUUAACGAUGACGAUAAACUUUGGUUGAAUAAGGCCAUAGAGGAAGUAAAAGAAGACUCAGAGUGUAGCUGA